AUGCCAACUGAACCAUUCUUGAACUACAAUGGGCGCCUUUCAGAAGGCCCAACUUACAAUCCAUCAAACAACACACUGUUAUGGGUUGAUAUCAUUGCAGGAAAGUUCCACCGAGUCAGACUCCCAGCUACAAGCGCGGAUAACUACACUUCUCAGGAGAAGAAACAAGUCGAGCAGUCCCAUGAGGAGUUUGUAAUCCCUGAUGAAUAUAUCGGUGUUAUAUAUUUAACCGACGAUGACGACGUGGUCUAUCUAGGCGGCAAGCGCGGUAUUGCCAAAUACGUACUAACCACUGGCGAGUUCAAAUAUAAAUGGUUAUUCCCUAACGGUUCCAAGUUGAGAUCAAAUGAUGGAAACGUCGAUCCGGAAGGUAACAUCUGGCAAGGUGUCAUGGGUUCGUUCGAUUACGGUCCAAUUGAAGAAGGUGCGUUGUUGAAGAUAGAUACAAAGACGGAUGAAGUAACAACUGUGAUCCCUAAUGUUCUAAUCUCGAAUGGUAUCAACUGGAGUCAUGACGGAAGAACAUUGUACUGGACGAGCUCCCUGGAUCUAAAGAUAUAUGCCUUUGAUUAUCACGAGGGGGAAAUUUCUAACAAGAGGGUCUUCAUCGACAUUAGAGCUGUGUACCCUGAUGUUGAAUCACCAGAGCCUGAUGGAUUUACUCUCAGCGAAUCUGGUGACUUGUUCACUGCCGUGUGGUCCACAGGGACAGUGGCCCAUUUUAACGCUGAAGGGACACUCGUGGAAAAGUUUACGCUUCCAGCACAGAGGAUCUCCGCUUGUACCUUUGGAGGAAUUAAUAUGGAUGAAUUAUUCAUAACCACUGCAAAUUUGCAGUUGGAGGAUCCUGCCAGAUUAGGUGAAAACGUCCAAGACCUCGGAGGCUCAAUCUUUAGAAUCAAAGUGAAGGGGCAAAGGGGAUUGUUGAGACCAAAACUGAAACUUUCAGCUUGA